AUGUGGAUCGAAACUGGAAGGUGGAUUCGCUUGUUGAUAGCCUUUAGCUUUCUUCUUGCAGUGCAAUGCGUGCAAGAACCUUUGGUGAAGGGAGGGGAACGAGAGUCCAUGCUCGAUAUGGAGAAAAUAAAAUACUUUAAUUCUACGCGCCUUCAAAAAAUUAUGGAUGAAUUAGUCGAAAACGAGCCCUCUUUCUUAAUUGCCUCGAAAACGGCUGCUGACAUGAGCGACGUGGAGCGGAAGCAAACUGUACAAGAUCUAAAAACAGUUGCACAGUCCUUAAAAGAAAGCGACUCUCAUCUGGCAUCCUUGAAAGCAAGCAAGGAUACUUCUCUCAAAAAAGGGUUCUGGAGCAAGGAGACUGAUAACCAUUCGCUUUCCACAGACACUACAUUGUGUGCUUCGAUCAAAAAGAAUAUGGAAGAAUUUUUUUCUUUUGCACCUGGUGUAAAUGGGUUUCUUGCAACUCUUCUUACAGCCUUUCCACCAAACAUCUUUAUCCUCAUUGUGCCCAAAAACCUCAACACAGGUAUCUUAAACCUGCUUGUUGCCAUCUCUGCCGGAAGCCUAUUGGGGGACGUCUUUGGCCAUUUGCUACCAGAAAUCUACGAAAAAGCUGAAGAGGGUACGAAUGCUACUUCACCGACCGUAUCCGUAUUGGCAGGCAUUUUGAUCUUUUUCUUUAUGGACAAAGGUCUUCGCAUCCUUCUUUCGUCGAAUGGAGGCCAUCAUGGUCAUCAUCAUAGUCAGCAAAUCAAGGAAAAGAAAUCCGAAAAGAACGUGCCCGCAUCCUCCACCACACAGCAUGAACGCCUUGAUCCUUCUUCUCAUAAAUUACGAAAACGCCGCAGCAAUGACAAUCAUGCGACAUUGAAUGAUGACACCCCAACACAAGUAGAAAAAAAGAACGAGGAAGCGAAUGAAUCAGCUUCUUCCAACAAAACAAUUGCCUACUUAAAUCUAUUUUCCGACUGUUUCCACAACUUUAUGGAUGGUUUGGCCAUUACCACUUCGUUUUUCGCAAACACGUCCAUUGGCAUUACCACGACCUGCGCCGUGUUUCUUCAUGAAAUUCCUGCCGAAGUUGGCGACUUGGCUAUCCUAUUGCGGAAUGGGUAUACAAAACUGCAGACGUUUUCCUUUCAACUCAUUACCAUGUUUGCCGGCCUCUUGGGAUCCAUUACGAGUAUAUGGAUUCAUUCGGCUGCUCUCGCCUCUACUACAAAAGACGAUGCCACAUCUUUGUUGCCCCAAAGCUCGAUUGCCUCUUUCCUUUUACAAUUGGAAGACAAACUUUUGCCCUUUUCGGCUGGAUGCUUCUUGUACAUUGCUUGUCUAGGUGUUUUUCCCGAACUCCUUGAAUUGAACCAAGAGCAAAGCAAAUGUUCUCAGUUUUGCUAUACAAUUGCUUCUUCAAUUUGUGUAGUUGUUGGAUUCGUGUUUUUGGUCUAUAUUUAA